GCAGGAGGAGAGAGAAGCAAAGAGAGAGAGAGUGAGAGAGGCAGAGAAAGAGAUGGGGGUAUUUGGAAGGGCGUGGCUAGCCAACUGUCAGUCACUGGCGGUUACCACAGAAAAUGGGCGUGCUCAAAUACCGGGAUAGCCAAUGGUAAGCGACGCUGCUUGUGUCACCAUGGUGACGGGGCUGUACCCAGGGAGGUUGUGAUGGGUUGACAGGUGCGUGACAAUCGGAGCUCUCUGCAAGCAUGUACGCCAAAGGCAAGAGUAACAACGUGCCGUCCGACAGCCAAGCCAGAGAAAAGUUAGCUCUCUAUGUGUAUGAGUACCUGCUGCACGUAGGGGCACAGAAGUCAGCACAGACCUUCCUCUCAGAGAUCCGAUGGGAGAAGAACAUCACAUUAGGAGAGCCCCCAGGAUUCCUCCACUCUUGGUGGUGUGUGUUCUGGGACCUGUACUGCGCGGCCCCGGAAAGGAGAGAGACAUGUGAACAUUCUAGUGAGGCCAAGGCCUUCCAUGACUAUAGUGCAGCAGCAGCUCCCAGUCCCAUACUUGGAAACCUUCCCCCAGGAGAGGGAAUGCCAGUGGGACCCGUACCUCCAGGAUUCUUCCAGUCGUUCAUGUCGCCUCGUUACCCUGGUGGGCCCAGGCCUCCUCUCAGAAUACCCAAUCAGGCAAUGGGGGUCCCUGGUAACCAGCCUAUGCUACCCAGCGGAAUGGACCCCACGAGACAACAAGGGCAUCCAAAUAUGGGGGGGCCCAUGCAGCGAAUGACUCCCCCCAGAGGGAUGGUCUCUCUUGGGCCACAGAACUACGGUGGAGGGAUGAGACCACCUCUCAAUGCACUGGUUGGCCCUGGGAUGCCUGGCAUGAACAUGGGCCCUGGUGGGGGUAGACCUUGGCCAAAUCCUCCAAAUGCCAACUCGAUCCCAUACUCCUCUGCGUCUCCAGGGAGUUAUGUGGGUCCACCAGGAGGGGGGGGGCCACCUGGUACUCCAAUAAUGCCCAGCCCAGCAGACUCAACUAACUCUGGUGACAACAUGUACACCCUGAUCAACACAGUCCCUCCUGGUGGAAACAGACCAAAUUUCCCAAUGGGUCCAGGUGCAGACGGUCCAAUGGGAGGGAUGGCAGGAAUGGAGCCACAUCACAUGAACGGGUCGCUAGGGUCUGGAGACAUGGACAGCCUCCCCAAGAACUCACCUGGUAACCUGAGUCUGAGUAACCAGCCGGGAACCCCCAGAGAAGAUGGAGAGAUGGGUGGCAACUUCCUCAACCCCUUUCAGAACGAGAGCUAUUCUCCAAACAUGACCAUGAGUGUGUGAAGGCUUCGCCAGCUGGUCAGUUAGUGGUGUGGAUUGGUGGAACGCACAGAGACAGGAUGUGAUGUCAUCUAAGCUCCCCGGCUCUUCCUCUCUGUGAUAUCUCUACCAGGACAGUGGACCCAGGCCUCAUUCUCCCCUUGGCCUCUUCUUCUUUUCUGUUUCCUCCCCAUUUUACAUUUGUGACCUGCUUUGCUCAUCAACACCUACCAUCAGAGACUGUAUAAAGAAACUGAAAUAAAACAUCUCUGAAUAUUUAUAAAUGUAUGUCACUGCACACUCUCAGUUGUGCUAAGUCUGUUAACACAGAAAUAUGUACCAUGCGCCACCAUCUUGUGGAAAAGAAACUGAAAACCCUCAAGUGUAAAGAAAUUCGAGAGGAUAGUGUUCUGGCCUGUCUCCCCACCUGCAGUUGUUAUGUCUUGAUUUGGAUGAAUUAUAUUGAGAUGUCAACUUCAUUCUCAUUGGAUACACAACAACCUGGAAUAAAGCCUAUGUGGGACUGGAA